UAGGAACCGGACACUUGCGCUUGGGGAAGUUCCUUGGCAACUUGAGCGCAGACCUGAUGCUUGCUGUCCCUCUCCACACAGGGUGCAGUGUCCGGCCCCGAUGAACGCGAUGAACGUGAGCACGUCUUCACUCAACGAGUCCCAAGUGGUGGCAGUGACCGCCGAGGGAGCGGCGGUGGCGGCCACAGCGGCAGGGGCGAGAGAAACUAGUGAAUGGGGGCAUCCUGCAGCGACGGCGCUGGGAGGCGGGGGCGUGGCUAACGGGUCGCUGGAGCUGUCUUCGCAGAUGUCCGCGGGACCGCCUGGGCUGCUACUGUCCGCCGUUAAUCCAUGGGAUGUGUUGCUGUGCGUGUCGGGGACGGUGAUUGCAGGAGAAAAUGCGCUGGUAGUGGCGCUCAUCGCGUCCACCCCGGCGCUGCGCACGCCCAUGUUUGUGCUGGUGGGCAGCUUGGCCACCGCCGACCUGCUGGCGGGCUGCGGACUCAUCCUGCACUUCGUGUUCCAGUACGUGGUGCCCUCGGAGACUGUGAGCCUGCUCACGGUGGGCUUCCUCGUGUCCUCCUUUGCUGCCUCGGUCAGCAGUCUGCUGGCCAUAACGGUGGACCGCUACCUUUCCCUCUACAAAGCGCUCACUUACUACUCGCGGCGGACCCUGUUGGGCGUGCACCUUCUGCUCGCCGUCACCUGGACCGUGUCCCUAGGCCUUGGGUUGCUGCCGGUGCUCGGCUGGAACUGCCUAGCAGAGCGUGCCGCCUGUAGCGUGGUGAGCCCUCUAACGCGCAGCCACGUGGCGCUGCUCUCCGCGGCCUUCUUUGCGGUCUUCGGCAUCAUGUUGCACCUGUACGUGCGCAUCUGCCAGGUGGUCUGGCGCCAUGCGCACCAGAUCGCUCUGCAGCAGCACUGCCUGGCGCCACCCCACCUUGCCGCCACCAGAAAGGGCGUGGGUACGCUGGCCGUGGUGCUGGGUACUUUCGGCGUUAGCUGGCUGCCCUUUGCCAUAUACUGUGUGGUGGGCAGCCACGAAGACCCGGCUGUCUAUACCUAUGCCACCUUGCUGCCUGCCACCUACAACUCCAUGAUCAAUCCUAUCAUCUAUGCCUUCCGCAACCAGGAGAUCCAGCGUGCCCUGUGGCUCCUGCUCUGUGGCUGUUUCCAGUCCAAAGUGUCCUUCCGCUCCAGGUCUCCCAGUGAGGUCUGAAGGCUCCCUCUUUCCUCUCACCAACAUUACACCCCCAACAAGCCAGCCUGUGGGGAGCUUCUCGGUGCCUGCUGAUGAACUCUGAGAUACCAGUAGUGUGACUGACUUUGGAAAGAAAGAAAGAAAGGAAGAAAGAGAGAUAGAGAAUAAACAUACAACAAACUCACAAGGACAAAGGAAUUUGGUGGCACUUUACAUAUACAGUGUAUACAUGUGUACAUAUAUAUACAAAUUAUUUGUAUCUUCUGGAAGUGUUCAGGAUGUGGAACUUUCUGGUCUGUGACAAAACUAACAAAGAUGUGGUUGCAUACUCAAAUUGUACAUCACAUUUGUCAAGUGAACACAUUCC